GUCGUUUUUGCUGUCAGUAGUAGUACAACUUCGCUGGAGACAGUCGAUAUAUUGUGAUCAGGCUUUCAGUUAGGUGAGUUGCAAUGGCUUCAGAUAACGAUGAAGCAAAUGAGCGUCUCAUUGAAGGCUACAGGCAGAGGUUGCGGGAUCGCAUUGUGGUGGAUCGGGUUCUGGAUCAUUUACAUUUGAUCAAAACCGACCAAAAGGACCAGAUCAGACAAAAGGCCAAGACCGAUGGUAAUUUAGCUGCUACGGAUCUCCUUAUUUCUGCAGUCCUAAAGAAGCCUCACGAAACCGGCUGGUUCAGGGCAUUUGUUGACGCGUUGAAAAAUUCAGAUUGUGGAUCUGCAGCGGACUACAUGCAGGCCGAGACCCCUAUCGAACCUGAAGCAGAGGCAUCCAAUGAUUACUGUGUCAAGCUUAUUCAACUACUCUCUCCCAGUCUGCUGGACAUGAAGACUGAUGUCGUGUGCCUCCAAUGUUACUCUCAAACUCUAAUCUCCAAAGAUGACGCUGAGAUUAUUAAAACUGUGACAGAAAACAAAGGGAACCGGAGUGGAGCCCGUGAACUUCUGAGAAGUAUCGUGAGAGGUCGACAGGGAUGGUUUUCUACAUUUCUCGAUGUUCUGCGUGAAACUGAACACCAACACCUCCUGUACGAGCUGACUGGAGGGCCAGAUCAAUAUGACAAGAAAGACUCAGAUGUGACCAUGUCUUCACUGAAAGAUGAACCUACAGGAAGUGAAGCAGCAGCUGAAAGCCCACAGUUUAUGGUCAUCAGCACAACUGACGAGCCUCCAGAGGAAGAAGAUCUGUACGGAGCGGCGAAUCCUGAAUUAGGACAACUGACAAAGUGCUCAGAGCCUUCACAACCAGAUCCAGGAGCAGCGGCCGGAGGCCCAGAAAAAGAUGAUAUUGUUCUUCGAGAUUAUCAGAUGGAAGUCGCUAUACCUGCCUUGGAGGGGAAAAACAUCAUCAUAUGCAUGCCGACAGGAAGUGGUAAAACCAGAGUUGCCGUUUAUAUUACCAAAAAACAUCUGGACCACAGGAGGGCAGAGGGGCAUUCAGGGAAAGUGGUCGUCCUGGUGAACAAGGUUCCUCUUGUUGAGCAGCAUUAUUCCGCAGAGUUCUUGCGGUUCCUGAAGCACACGUAUAAAGUGGCGAGAGUCAGCGGAGACUGCCAGCUCAAAAUCUCUUUCACGGAGAUCGUGAAGGAAAAUGACGUCAUCAUUUGCACAGCCCAGAUCCUUGAGAAUUACUUGCAGAGGGCUAACAAAGGAGAGGACGAAGGGGUGAACUUGAGCGAUCUGACACUGAUUGUGAUCGAUGAGUGUCACCACACUCAGAAAGGAGGAGUGUACAACCACAUAAUGAUGCGCUGCCUGAAGCAGAAGCACAAGAACUUAAGGCUGAAGAAGGAGCAGAAGGAGCUCAUGCCCCUCCCUCAGAUCCUGGGACUGACUGCCUCGCCGGGGGUCGGGGGGGCCACAAAAAUGGAGAAAGCUGAGGACCACAUUCUCCGCAUUUGUGCAAACUUGGAUGCUUACAAAAUCAUGACAACUGACCUUGGGGAAUACAAAAGGGAACCAAGGAAAAGCAUUAAAACUGUUGAAGACAGAAAGGAGGAUCCCUUUGGUGAUGUAAUCAAAAACAUCAUGAUUGCGAUUCAUGCCCAUGCCAAUCUGAGUCCCACCUCUGACCUUGGCUCUCAGACUUAUGAACAGUGGGUUGUUCAAAAAGAGCGAUUAGCUGCAACAGAGGGAAAUCUGAAAGUGCGAGUUUGCGCAGAGCACCUCCGACAGUACAGCGAGGGCCUGAAUCUCAGCAACACCAUCCGCAUGCGUGAUUCCUUCAGUUUCCUGAACAAAUACCACGAGGAGGAGUUAAAGAACAAAACAACACCAGACGACGAGCAGAAAAUAAAAAUCACAGAUACUGAGAGAUUCCUCUUCAAUUUGUUUAAAGAGAACAAGGAAGAGCUGAAGGGGCUUGCAGAGAAACCAGAGUAUGAAAAUGACAGCCUGUCGAAACUAAGACGUAAUAUUCUGCACGAGUUCAGCAGCAGAGUGGAGGCCAGAGGCAUCAUUUUCACAAAAACGCGUCGCAGCGCCAUCGCUCUAAGUCAAUGGAUUCAGGAGAACCCCAAGUUUUCUGACGUUGGAGUGAAAGCCUCACAUGUGAUCGGAGCAGGAGACCAGAGUGUUGUUAAACCAAUGACCUCUGCAGAGCAAAGGGAUGUGUUGACCAAAUUCCGUGAUGGUGAUGUCAACUUGCUGAUUGCCACCACAGUGGCAGAGGAAGGUUUGGACAUAGCAGCGUGCAAUUUUGUUAUCCGAUACGGCCUUGUGACCAAUGAGAUUGCUAUGAUUCAGGCUCGAGGCAGAGGAAGAGCUGAGGACAGCAGUUACACUCUGGUCGAUGUGAAGAACUCUGGGGUGGCAGAGAAGGAGUGUGUCAAUGAGUACCGCAUUACCAUGAUGGACAAAGCCAUUAUCAAAAUCAGAGCCUUAAAUCAAGAGGUCUAUGACAAAAGGAUACUAGAGUUUCAGAUACAGGCUAUAAUGGAGGGGAAGAUGAGAAUGACAAAGAAGAAGCAGCAAGACAUGCAGUCUGAGAAGUGUGAGGUGUUGUUUAGCUGCCGAAGCUGCAGCAAACACGCCUGCACCGGCGAGGACAUCCAGAUCAUCGAAAACAUGCACAGAGUCAAUGUCUCAACAGAGUUCAGUAAACUUUUCAUUCAGAGAGAAAACACUACUCUUCAAGAACGACUUCUAGAUUAUGAGACCAAUUUCUUCAUAGCAUGCAAAGACUGUGGACAGAGAUGGGGUUCCAUGAUGCUCUACCGUGGAAUCGAUUGCCCCUGCCUCCACGUGAAAAACUUUGUGGUGACGUUCAACGGCAAGAAGAAAAACAAAUGCACCAAGUGGACUGACCUCAAAAUCAAGUUUCCCGCCUUUAACUACAUUGAACAUGCGAGCCAGGUGGCGGAGGGCUUAGAUGACGAUGACAGUGACUGAAUCACAACUGCGUUGAUUCGCUAACACUCACAAAAGCGUUGACUUCUGUUGAAUUCUUAUCUUUGGCUUGCACAGCAUGAAUUACUGGACCCAUCACACUUAUAAAUGCAAUGCUUCCUGUGAGUGCUACAAUGUCAUGAUAACUGAUGGUGGUGGAUUUAAGCAUGUGAUGUAUAAUGUGUGUAUCAUUUUAUUGGGAAAAGGCUAAUUUCAUCAAUGUGUUAGAUUGUCAUAAUAUGUGCAUUGGGGUUGCUAGUCUAUUGUAUACUAUAUGUUGAGUUACCUGCAGUAAAUAUAUCAUGAAAUAUAUAUACAACUAAAUGUGCAUCACUGAUGCAAAAUGAACUAGGAAAAGAUAAUUUCCUCUCAAACCCCUGUGGUCUCAUAAGAUUGGAGCCACUGAGCUUGUGAUAGCCCCUCAGAGCCCACCUGUCACAUACAUGCAGAUAAACAGUUGCUGGUGAUUUUCCAUUAAAUCCAACUGUUGAGCCAGUCACAGAUGCUAUUUUUAGAAUUAUCUGUUAAGAAUUGUUUCUGAUACAGAGAAAGAUGUGUCAACUAUCAGGAUUGUAUUUUUAUUUUUUAAUUGUAUGUUCUAUAUAAUAAAGCCACAUCAUAAUAAAAAACUAUUCUAAACUAA